UACUGCCGGGUUGUGUUUUACCCAAUCCGAAGCCUCCGAACAAGACUCCCCACAAGACUGGGGGAUUAUGGGAGUUGAAGUCCAGCUUUCUGGACUUGCUUUUUUUUUUUUUUUAGCAGAAUUGCUUGGACAGCAUGAGCUUAAGAGCCUGUGGCUUGAUUAUCUUCAGAAGGUUACCCAAGGCAUGUGCUACUGCAGCUACGGACGGCCACGUUGAGUACCUCCUUCUGCAAACCUCCUACGGCAUCCAUCACUGGACACCCCCUAAAGGCCACGUAGACCCCGGGGAAGAUGACCUGCGCACAGCCCUGCGAGAGACCCAGGAAGAGGCUGGGCUGGCCUCCAGCCAGUUCACCAUCCUGGAAGGUUUUAAGAAGGAACUGAAUUACGUGGUCAGAGGCAAACCCAAAACCGUGGUCUACUGGCUGGCCGAGCUGAAUGACCAGGACACGGAGAUCAAGCUUUCUUCAGAGCACCAGGCCUUCCGCUGGCUGACCCUCAGCGAGGCCUGCAGACUUGCAGAAUACGAGGACAUGCAAGGCACCCUCAGAGAGGCUCAUCUCUUUCUGUCUUCCAAAGAAUAAAUUUCCUUUCGUGGGAUGCAGGAA